GCCUUGGAGGCGUAACUCUUGUGAGUAUCAGCAAGUGCAAGAACGAGGAACAGGCUCAGAUUCAGUUACAGAGACGAAGGGAAUCGAGCGCACAAGUGUCUCGCAGUGGAGCUGAAGUUAUCCAUCCGCACAACUUAGCGAAAAACAAAUUCGGUUUUUGGGAAGCAGAGACUUCAGAAAGGGAGGAAGAAUAAAAAAACAGGAUCUAUCCCAGUCAGAGGUGGUGUGUUAUCUCCCAGUAAUCUGUGGUCCUCUCCUAGUGCUGAAAAAUGAGCCUCAGUGAGCUGGAGGACCUCUGGGAGUCGUGGGGGGACCUCAACGUCUCCGAAACCUUUGGCAACAUAUCGAGUGUGGAUGCAAUGGUGUGUGCCACGGCGUUCAACCGCAGCACUCUGCUCUACUCCAUGUGUGUCCUCUACACUUUUAUCUUCAUCAUCGGUCUGGCUGCUAACGCUCUGGUCCUCUGGGUCAACAUCCGUGCGCAGAGAGACUCCACCCCUCGCCAUGAAACACACAUGUACAUCGCCCAUCUGGCAGUUGCAGAUCUGUGCGUGUGUGCCACUCUGCCCGUGUGGGUGAGCUCACUGGCCCAGCAUGGCCACUGGCCCUUUGGCGAGGUGGCGUGUAAACUCACACACCUUAUGUUCUCCGUCAACCUCUUUGGCAGCAUCUUCUUCCUGGCCUGCAUGAGCGUCGACCGCUACCUGAGCGUGACGCAGCCUGGAGACAACGAGGGAGGUGUGCGCAGGAAGCUGAUCCGACGUGGAGCGUGUGUCGGGGUAUGGCUUCUGGCUCUGGUGGCCUCCUUGCCAGACACUUACUUCCUGCGGACUGUGAAGUCAACACAUGAGGACACCAUGCUUUGCAGGCCUGUUUACCCAGAGGAAAACCCCAGGGAGUGGAUGGUGGGAGUGCAGCUGAGCUUCAUCCUGCUGGGCUUUGUUCUCCCCUUUCCUGUCAUUGCAGUGUUUUACACCCUGUUAGCCAGCGCUUUCACCCGCUCCUCUACUUCUUCAUCAUCUUCCACAGUAGAACAGGAGCGCCGUGUGAGCCGCAGGAUGAUCCUGGCCUACAUUGUUGUGUUCCUGGGCUGCUGGGGGCCCUACCACGCCGUUCUCCUGGUUGAUGCCCUGUCCCAGCUGGGCCUGGUGCCUCUGACCUGUGGCCUGGAGAAUGUGAUUUACGUGGCCUUGCACCUCACCCAGUGCCUGUCCUUGCUCCACUGCUGUUUCAACCCCAUCCUCUACAACUUCAUCAACAGAAACUACCGCUAUGAUCUCAUGAAGGCCUUCAUCUUCAAAUACUCCACGAGGACGGGCUUAGCGCACCUCAUUGAAGCUUCCAACAUGUCUGAGACUGAGUACUCUGCUGUAGCUGUUGAAAACCCACCACAGAUCUGAAACUUAUAAAACCGAACAAAUAUUUCUCUGAUCACUGUUUCUAAAUCUAACUUGCAAUACUGCAAUAUAAACUAAUGUUACAGCUGAUUUGUUCUUGUCAGAAUCUGUCCACUCUAAGCGGUAUGUUUGACAUAAGAUGACAGUGAAAAGAGGAAAAGCUAAUCCAGCAUCUUUUUUUUACAGAAAUCUACUUGAGACCUGUAGAAAAGCUUGAGGACAGGCUAAUAUCAACUAUGAACUGAUUAAAAGCACUUAGAGAGCAGUUUAAUUAUAACAGCUGAUACUGAAAUCAUAUGAAUAUUGUCACCCAUCUGUAAAACAGUGACCGUAAAUGCAUAAAAAUCAUUGCCUUUACUGUGUAUAUAGGAUUGUAUUGUGUGUGUGUGUGUGUGUGUGUGUGUGUGUGUGUGUGUUCGUGUGCGUUGUGUGCAUAUGUACAUCUGUCGGGCAUUGAAUAUUGAUAGUAUCAGCAGAGUAAUAUUGUUAAUCUUUUUGUAACAAGUUGUAUUUAUAUACUGUUUAACUAUUUUGCCUCUACCACGUUGCAAUGGAAAGUCUUAACACACUGAUGUCUGCUCAGUGCUUCACUUCAUACGAUGCUGCCUCAUCAUUUUAGUUGAGCCACUGACUGGCUCAGUGUUGUAGUCCUGCUGUCUCAUUGUUAAUCGUAACCUCAUGUCACACCAGCUGAAUCCUUUAGACAAAUAAUAUAAAUCAGAUUUGAGUUGUUUCAUGCUACUAAGGUUCAUAACAUAUCUAGUGCGUGUGUGUUCUGUACACCAUAGCAAAAUGAUGAUUAUUAUUUUUUGAAUACACUGCGUUUCUGGCUAUAGCUUUGAAUUUAGCACACAGACAUGAGAGUGGUAUCAACCUUCUCAUCUAACUCUGCAAGAAAGCAAGUAAGCGUAUUUUCUAAAAUGUCAAUUGUCAAAAAUGUUGCUCUAAAAAAGUCAAGAUGUUGGUGAUGACAGUGCUUACAAAUGAUUGCAGAUAACUAGCUUCUCUUAACUUCUUUUCUUUUGGUUCUAAAUAUUUCCAGACAUUGUCUGAAGGCUUCAUCUGGGACUACUGAGCUUAAAGAGCAGAUACAUGUAGCCCCCAUCUCUUCUGAAAUGUAAAGUAUGAUGUAAUAUUAUGUGCUGUCUCUGUUUUACAUCAGUCCUAAUAGUACAAAGGAUACAGAUGUCCAUGUAAUCUUGCUGUGUCAGCACGUAGACCACAGGAGGCAAAAACCUUUAUGACCAAAUAACAUCAAUGGAUAGCUUUACUCCACCCAUGUAGGCAGCAGCUGUGGUGUGGAACAACCAAGUGUUUAUUAGGGAUCAAAUAACAAAAAACAUCACUGCAUUACUUUAGAGUUGUGUGUUUGAGUUGUGUAUGUGUGUGUGUGUCACAGCUUGACACCAAGAGUUUUAUGUGUCAUAAACAUUGAGUUAUACAGUUUACUCACUGUCUGUUGUAGGAAACAACAUAUACUUUUGAUAUGCUGACAUAGAGCACAUUGUGUCAUGUGAUUGGUUACACAUGGAUGCUUUUACACUGAAAAGAUUUCAUGUUGCAAUUAGAAAAGACUGGAGACACAAGAACAGAGGCAUUCCUUUGGUGUUGUAAUGUGUAGCAUGUGUUUUGAUAUAUAUUAAAUACAGACAAAAUA